AUGGAUCAGCAGCCCUUUCUGCUUCCUGCCGCCGGCGGCUGGAAGGCUGACCAUGUUGGCUCUCUGAUGUCGAUGUCGUCUUUGAAGAACGACACAGCCAGCAAAGACUCAGAAACGUCAGCCUCUCUUCCUGCCAUUUUGGCUGCCCUAGUGCCAUCCUUGACAAGUGCUGUCCUGCUCUUGCUGGUUUUUGUGAUUAUCAAAAGGCCAUUCCGCAGAAUCUACUCGCCAAGGACCUACAUUGAUGUGAUACCUGAAAAAGACCGGACACCAAUUUCCAGCCUGAAACGCUUCGAAUGGUUGAGGACCAUUAGGCAGCUGGAUGACAAAUUUGUGCUUGAGCAUUCCACCCUUGAUGCCUACCUGUAUCUCCGGUUUCUGAGGACCACCAUCUUCACGUGUUUUGUCGGCGUCUGCAUUACUUGGCCAAUCUUAUUUCCCGUCAACGCCACGGGUGGUGGCGAUGCUUCCCAGCUAGACAGGCUGGGUCUCGGCAAUGUGCAUGAUAAGAAUCGACUCUACGCACAUGCCGUGGUCGCCUGGCUGUACUUUGGUUUUGUCAUGUUUGUGAUCGCCAGAGAGCGCAUCUGGCUGAUCGGACUCCGCCAAGCCUGGUACCUGUCCCGGGCCAAUGCGUCUCGUCUCUCCUCGCGUACAGUUCUCCACCUCGAUCCUCCCAAGGGUGCUUCAUCAGAUGUCGAUGCACAGUCUACGUUCGGCGAUGAAGCGAGGUCUCAGUGGGUCAUCACCAAGACGAAGACUCUUGAUGAUGCUGUGACAUCCCGAGAUGACAAAGUAGCGAAGCUGGAGUAUGCAGAGGUCUCAUUUGUCAGACAUGCUACCAAGAAGACCACGGAUUCGGGGAAGGCUGCUUCUUCCACGGACGAUGAGCCUCCGCCAGAGGUUGAUGUGGAAACCGCCCGUCCACGCGAGAGGACUUAUUACAUCGCCGGGGCCGCAUCCGAUCUGAUCGAUCAUCUGCGAGGUGGUGUCAAGGAGGCAGUCCAAAAAGUCAAUGAAAAAAGAGAAACAUACACAAGCCAAGGGGCACAGGGUCACACUCGCUGUGCCGUCUUUGUGGAGUACACUGAUCAGUCAGCCGCCCAAAGGGCAUACCGUGGGGAGUCCAAGCUCCGGCUUCCCGUUCCGCCCAACCUUACUAUCCAGUCUAGACUCAUUGGCGUCGCUCCGAGUGAGGUUAUCUGGACUAAUCUGGCCAUACCUCAAGCCGAACGCCUGUCGAAAAAGUCAGUUGCCAACAUUUUCAUUGCGCUCUUGAUCAUCUUUUGGUCCAUCCCGACCGCUAUCGUGGGCACGAUCUCGAAUGUCAAUUACCUCGCCAGCUUCGAACUGCUUGGCUGGAUCAAGGAUCUUCCCGAACCCGUGCUAGGCCUUUUGACUGGGUUUCUCCCCCCCUUUCUCACAAGUCUGCUCGCGUCGUACGUACCGAACAUCAUGAGGAAAAUUGCCAAAGCAUCUGGGGAGCCAACAACUGUCUCUGCUGAGCUCCAAGUCCAGGCGUGGUAUUAUGCCUUCCAGAUCAUACAGGUUUUCCUAGUGACUGCCCUGAGUUCUUCAGCUACUGCAUUCAUCCCAAAGAUCAUCAACGAGCCGCAUCACAUACCCCAGCUGCUCGCCGACAACAUUCCCAAGUCGUCCAACUUUUACCUCACGUACUUUAUCCUACAAGGGCUCGCAUCCUCGACUAAGAACAUUAUGAACUGGUCAGACCUCUUCGAGUAUGUCUUGUUCGAGAUGUUCAUCUACAAAACCCCACGAGAUAAAUAUCAGCAGUACACCAGUCUCAAGGGCAUCGGCUGGGGUAAAGUUUACCCCAAGUUCACCAACUUUAUCAUCAUCGCCCUGGUGUAUAGCUGCAUCUCACCUCUCGUCCUCGGCUUUGCGACCGUAGGGCUCUUUUUGUUCUACUGCAGCUACAAGUACAACCUUCUUUUUGUGAUCCAGCCCAAGAUCGAAUCCAAAGGCAAGUGUUAUACACGUGCACUGCAGCAAAUUCUUGCAGGAGUGUAUAUCGGCGAGUUGUGUCUCAUCGGGCUCUUCGGGCUUCGUAAGGCAACAGGACCUUCGAUCAUAACCUUGAUUCUUUUCUUUGGAACAAUUGCAUACAACGUCCUCACCAACCGCUAUCUCAACCCCCUGGAAGACCAUUUCCCCGACAACUUGAUUUCCGAGGAUGCAGGCGAAAGAGAUCCCCAACAAGAGCCUCUCUUGGCAGCCGUAGAGGAGGGAAGGGCCCAAGAGGAGGCCGAAUUACACGAUAGCUCCCGCAUUCAGCAGCUUGGACGUGAGGUCCACAUACCUCACAAGGUUUUGGAUCCUGUGGCCCGGUUCUUUGAACCACAUGUCUAUGCAUCCCAGAAGGCUAUGAGGGCGUUCUUGCGCCACACAGCUGCCGAGACUGACCCACCACCGCAAUAUACGGAUGAUCAAAUCCAGGGGGCAUACAAGAAGCCGAGCCUGAAGUCGAGCACGCCCAUUGUCUGGCUACCAAAGGAUCAAUAUGGUCUCAGCAGAAAGGAGAUUGAUUCUCUGGCUGCGGAUGGCAUUGAGGCUACUGACGAGGGAGCUUGGGUCGACAGUAAAGGGAAGGUGGAUUUUGACAGACGGAACUUGCGCUCCUUGCCUGUCUGGAAACAGGCGCCUGCAUUUUAAGAGACUCGCGAUGCUUUCGGUACUGAGAAUACUCGCAUGGGGUUCUGUCGUGUACCGUAGGUUCAAUGUUGUGUUCGUUCUCUCUUUGAAUCUAUAUGGUGUCUAU